AUGGGUCCAGAGGGAUUUACUAAAGUAUACUUCAAUCCUUCCAUGAACGAUAAAGGCUCGAAAGAAGAAACACCUCUGAAAUAUAAACCAUUCUGGACGAGGCUUCACCUUCUUUCACCAUCUUGGCAAAAUGCCUUACUUUCCAAAAUUUUCUCUCAACCGACUUUCACUCCAACUACGAACGCCACGACGGCAUCCACCACUGGAACCAGUGGGAAGAAUGGAUUGAAGGACAGGAUACAACGUAAACCCUCGGGUAGGUCGGUAGAAGGACAAUCGGGAACAUAUAUGAUGGUCAUCGGAUCCUGGGAUGCAGUAGUCAGCGGCUUUAACCCUCCAUGA